CGUGGUCCUAUGACAGGAAGUAAGAAAAACACGGGAGUGCUUUGUUUUUGUUUUACAGCCAGCUGUCAGAUGUAUAUUUAGGUUGCAGAUGUCGUUUUAAAUCUGUUAUUCAAACAGCCAGAGGACGACGCAAACAACCUCAGCUCUUCAUCAUGGCGGAGCCCACAGCAUCUGGCGUGUUCUGUAACAGGAUGCUGAGCAUGGUCAACUCUGAGGACGUGAACGCCAUCAUCCAGGCUCAGAGACAUAUGCUCGACCGCUUUGAGAAAACCAACGAAAUGCUGAUCAACUUCAAUGGGCUAUCGAACGUGCGGCUGCAGCAGAUGAACGAGCGCUUUCUGCUCCACACCCGCACGCUUGUGGAGAUGAAGAAAGAUUUGGACAGUGUCUUCAGAAGGAUCAGGACACUGAAAGGGAAGAUUGCCAAGCAGUACCCAGAAGCUUUCAGCAACGUCCAUGAGUCACCCAUCCUGGAGGACGACGAUGAUGAGUUUGACCCAGUUCCCCCCAGUGUUGCCACAACAAUUACAACAGCCACCUCAGAACAGAGCACAGAGUCCUGUGACACAAGUCCAGAUGUGAUCUCACCCACUGUUAGCAGAUGCUCUGAAGACCUGUCUCAGGAGCUGCCUGACACGCCCACCUCUGAUGUCCUAGAGACAGCCGUUCUACGAGAUGAGGGUCCUGACUCUGUACCUUUAGAAUAGAUGGAUUUCAGUCCCUUGAGAGCUUUAUUUUACCAGGAGGCCAUGUUGUAUUUUUGAGUUUGUGUUUGCCUCUGCAAUAUUUGCUGACUUUUCCAGUCAUUAUUCCAUUUGUUGGAAUGAACAUCACAGCUUUGAUGUUAGAUGUGGCUAUGAACUGCCUAAGGACGCUGGUUUUUUGUUGGCAUGCUUAUUUGUCUUAUGCCCGCACAGCACUAAAAUAAUGCAGACAAUACUUGAAUUUGUAUAAUAUCUCAAUAUAGAUGUACUGUAUAUCUAUGCUACACACAGUGAACCUGAGCAAAAGCCCACACAAAACCCACAGAUAUGCUGAUUAUAAGCAUAUUUCAUUUUCUUUUAUCUGAAGAGAUACACACCUGUCUGAAGGAAGAAAUAUUUCAUGAUGUAUGUUAUCUUAAAGACAAAAGUGUUCUCAACCUGAAUAAUAGUUUUAGGGUUUGCAAGUAGUUACUACUGUUGAUCUCAUAUAAUUACAAAGUUGUCAUGUCACAGCAUUGUUAUUCUAUGGGCCCAUGUUUGUUAAUGCAUCCACGAAUGUUUUCAGGAGCAUUUAAUCUGAUGCUUUACAGAUCCCUGCCAAGAAAAGCUCCCUUUGUUGGCUUCCUGCAUUGCAGGGAAGCCAAGGAGUAGGUUUAUUGUUAAACUAUUAACUAUUGUUGCAAACUAUUCAAGGAGCAGGGCAGAGGCUCUUUGAUAUGAGAGCUGGAAACCAGGUUGUGUGAGUGGAGGAUCCAAGCAAUCAUUGCUGCCCAUUAAAGAUGCCGUUUAGGUGUAAAAGGGAACGUACAGCAUGAAAUGGACUUUUUUUAUUUCUGUCAUAUUUUUACAUUAUGUUUUUAUUUGUGGAUUUGAAAAAUUAUUCCCAUGAAAAGCAGAGACAGAAUAUAGUGUCUAAAUGUUUAUAAUGCUCCAUAGGUGGAGACUAAUAAUUGUCAAAAUCAAUGGAAUAAUGUGAAUUCAUUUUCCUUUGAAGUUAAAGUUAAUGUGAGAAUUGA